GCGCCGGGCGACGUGGCCGGCCGGAAGUGGCCCGUGCGGAACCUCCGGAGGACCACCGUAGUCAGUCGGUCAGUCCUGCGCCAGGUGCUGGUUCGCGCCCCCGCCGGCACCACCAUGCUGAAGAAAUUUGACAAGAAGGACGAGGAAUCGGGUGGAGGCUCCAACCCGUUCCAGCACCUUGAGAAGAGCGCAGUGCUCCAGGAGGCCCGCGUGUUUAACGAAACUCCCAUCAAUCCUCGGAAAUGUGCCCACAUCCUCACCAAGAUCCUCUACCUCAUAAACCAGGGAGAGCACCUGGGGACCACAGAAGCAACCGAGGCCUUCUUUGCCAUGACCAAACUCUUUCAGUCCAACGAUCCCACCCUCCGUCGGAUGUGCUACUUGACCAUCAAGGAGAUGUCCUGCAUCGCAGAGGAUGUCAUCAUCGUGACCAGCAGCUUGACAAAGGACAUGACUGGGAAGGAAGACAGCUACCGGGGCCCGGCUGUGCGCGCCCUCUGCCAGAUCACUGACAGCACCAUGCUACAGGCUAUCGAGCGCUACAUGAAGCAGGCCAUCGUGGACAAGGUGCCCAGCGUCUCCAGCUCUGCUCUGGUGUCUUCCCUGCACCUGCUCAAGUGCAGCUUCGACGUGGUCAAGCGCUGGGUGAAUGAGGCCCAGGAGGCAGCAUCCAGUGAUAACAUCAUGGUCCAGUACCACGCGCUGGGGCUCCUGUACCACGUGCGGAAGAACGACCGCCUGGCCGUCAGCAAGAUGAUCAGCAAGUUCACGCGGCACGGCCUCAAGUCCCCCUUCGCCUACUGCAUGAUGAUCCGCGUGGCCAGCCGGCAGCUGGAGGAGGAGGACGGCAGCCGCGACAGCCCGCUGUUCGACUUCAUCGAGAGCUGCUUGCGCAACAAGCACGAGAUGGUGGUAUACGAAGCCGCCUCGGCCAUCGUCAGCCUGCCGGGCUGCAGUGCCACGGAGCUGGCCCCGGCCGUGUCAGUGCUCCAGCUCUUCUGCAGCUCCCCCAAGGCUGCGCUCCGUUAUGCCGCCGUCCGCACCCUCAACAAGGUGGCCAUGAAGCAUCCAUCUGCGGUGACAGCUUGUAACCUGGACCUGGAGAACCUGGUUACAGACUCGAACCGCAGCAUCGCCACGCUGGCCAUCACCACCCUCCUCAAGACGGGCAGCGAGGGCAGCAUCGACCGCCUCAUGAAGCAGAUCUCCUCCUUCAUGUCAGAGAUCUCGGACGAGUUCAAGGUGGUGGUGGUCCAGGCCAUCAGCGCACUGUGUCAGAAGUACCCUCGCAAGCACGCCGUGCUCAUGAGCUUCCUGUUCUCCAUGCUGCGUGAGGAGGGCGGCUUUGAGUACAAGCGGGCCAUUGUGGACUGUAUCAUCAGCAUCAUUGAGGAGAACUCGGAGAGCAAGGAGACGGGGCUGUCGCACCUGUGCGAGUUCAUCGAGGACUGCGAAUUCACCGUGCUGGCCACGCGCAUCCUGCACCUCCUGGGCCAGGAGGGGCCCAAGACCAACAACCCCUCCAAGUACAUCCGCUUCAUCUACAACCGAGUGGUCCUGGAGCAUGAGGAGGUCCGGGCAGGCGCUGUCAGUGCUCUGGCCAAGUUCGGAGCGCAGAAUGAAGAGAUGCUGCCCAGUAUCUUGGUGUUGCUGAAGAGGUGUGUGAUGGACGAUGACAAUGAAGUAAGGGACCGAGCCACCUUCUAUCUCAGUGUCCUGGAGCAGAAGCAGAAGGCCCUCAAUGCAGGCUAUAUCCUAAACGGUCUGACUGUGUCCAUCCCUGGUCUGGAGAGGGCUCUGCAGCAGUACACUCUAGAACCAUCGGAAAAGCCUUUUGACCUCAAGUCUGUGCCCCUGGCCACCACACCCAUGGCAGAGCAGAGAACAGAAAGCACCCCCAUCACGGCAGCCAAGCAGCCUGAGAAGGUGGCAGCCACCCGGCAGGAGAUCUUCCAAGAGCAGCUGGCGGCAGUGCCCGAGUUCCAGGGGCUGGGGCCCCUCUUCAAGUCCUCGCCUGAGCCCGUGGCCCUCACUGAGUCGGAGACAGAGUACGUGAUCCGCUGCACCAAGCACACCUUCCCUGAGCACAUGGUCUUCCAGUUUGACUGCACGAACACGCUCAACGACCAGACUCUGGAGAACGUCACAGUGCAGAUGGAGCCCACGGAGGCCUACGAGGUGCUGUGUUACGUGCCCGCCCGGAGCCUGCCCUACAAUCAGCCCGGCACCUGCUACACGCUGGUGGCCCUGCCCAAGGAAGACCCCACGGCAGUGGGCUGCACGUUCAGCUGCAUGAUGAAGUUCACUGUCAAGGACUGCGAUCCCACUACCGGGGAGACCGACGACGAAGGCUAUGAGGAUGAGUAUGUGCUGGAAGAUCUGGAAGUCACGAUAGCUGAUCACAUCCAAAAGGUCAUGAAGCUGAACUUUGAAGCAGCCUGGGAUGAGGUAGGGGAUGAGUUUGAGAAGGAGGAAACAUUCACCUUGUCCACCAUCAAGACACUUGAAGAGGCUGUGGGCAAUAUUGUGAAGUUCUUAGGAAUGCACCCUUGUGAGAGGUCAGACAAAGUGCCAGAUAACAAGAACACGCACACGCUGCUCCUGGCAGGCGUAUUCCGGGGGGGUCAUGACAUCCUGGUGCGCUCCCGGCUGCUGCUUUUGGACACAGUAACAAUGCAGGUGACAGCCAGAAGUUCGGAGGAGCUGCCAGUGGACAUCGUGUUGGCGUCUGUGGGCUAAGAGGCCAGCCUGCAUAGGACCAAGUCCUACCCUUUCCCCCCAACACUGUGCAGAAGUCAGGCCUUCCUUAUGAACCCAGUGGAAAGUCCUUUCCAAGCCAAUUGUAUUCAAAAACAAUUAGGAAUCAAUGAGGGUUUUUUUGUUUUUUGUUUUUUUUUUUUAAUUUAACCCCUGCCCCAAAACUCCCUGCUGAGGGUAACUUUUGAAAGAGGGGGGUGGUUUUAGCUUGUCCUAGAAUUUGCUGCCUUGCCUGCCAGGGAAGGGACAUCUCAAAUGAAUAAAAUGCUUGUACCACCUCUUGAAUUGAUCCCCUAAGGAACCAUCUUAUCCCUAUAAAUAAAAUCAGCAUGUAUUUAUUGAA